AUGGAGCCAGCCAUCAUUACUAAUGUUACCAGAUCCAUGGAAAUAUGGAAAGAGGAAGUUUUCGGACCCGUUCUUUGUGUAAAAACAUUCACCACAGAAGAAGAAGCCAUUGAAUUAGCAAACGAUACUCAUUAUGGACUGGGUGCUGCUGUAAUAUCCAAAGAUUUGGAAAGAUGUGAGCGUGUAUCAAAGGGUUUUGAGGCAGGUAUUGUAUGGAUCAACUGCUCGCAACCAUGCUUCUCUCAAGCUCCAUGGGGUGGGAAAAAGCGGAGUGGUUUUGGUCGUGAGCUAGGAGAACGGGGUCUUGAGAACUACCAGAAUGUGAAGCAGGUGACUCGAUAUAUUUCUGACCAGCCUUGGGGUUGGUACAAACCUCCAUCUCAAUAACCUGUAAGAGCUUUCUUGAUAUAUUUCAAAUGAAAUAAACCAUGAGAAGUUGGUUUAUUUGAAAGAAAUUUACCUUAAAAAGGUUAAGAAUGUAGGGAUGUGUUAUAAUAGUUGAUUGAUUUUGGUUCAGUUGAUUUUUGUUUUAAUUUUUAAUGGUUUGCUUU